AUGGAACGUCCCGCCUCGAAUUCCCAAAACCCUCGCCGUUUGCAGACGGAAGAGCCACUCUCUUCCCGAUCUCCUACUCCUCAGCAGCAACCGAGUUCACAGACUUCUGGUCUCGCAACCGCCGUGGAAAACGGUCGGAACAGUUCGGCACCUAGAGGGGUUUCUAAGAAUGCGCGUCGCAGAAACUCCAAAGGAAAAGGUAAAACCCAAGAAGCAGUCUCCGGUGCACGAAACCCUAACGGUAAAGUCGGUAACUUUCGAAAUGAGUACGUGUAUGUUCCUAAAAAACCUUCUCCGCCGGUUGUUAAAUCAGUCGGUGAGGGUAGUUCGAAGGUUAAUGCUGCCGUUGCGGGAAAGUUUAGUGGAGAUGUGUUGUAUAGGCUUUACUUUAAGGGUUUGGUGAGUGAAGAGAGUGUGACUGGGAAAGGGAAAGGGAAGAUGGCUGACGUGGCGGUGGCUGGAUUUGGUGUUGCGGUUUGUGACCAGAGGGAUGGUUUGUUGUUUGAGUUAAAGGGGGAACUGAUUGGUCGUGAUACGAACCGGCAGGGAGCGGAGCUUAAGGCGUUGACACGUGGGUUAACCGAAGCCUCGAAGCUUGGGAUUAAAAAUGUUGUUGUGUUCUGUGAAUCUUAUCCCAUUUUCCAGUUUGUUAAGGGGAAUUGGGUGCCUAAGCAAAAAAAGAUCUCCAUGCUGAUGGAUGAUCUGCAACAGAUCAGGCAACAAUUCACGUUUUGCCAGGCUGUUCUGGUAGCUGGAAACGAAGUCAAAUUUGCGUAUAAACUCGCCAGGGAAUCAAUACUUUCUCAAGCCAACCCUCGUGGAGUUGCUCGCCAAGCAAAAGUAGCUUGGAAACAAGAGUGUCUCAUCUGUUCCAACGAAAUCGAUCUCGAGCGCAUGUUUUCCCUUGGUAAAUGCCGUCACCGCUUUUGCUUUCACUGCGUGAAGCAACACGUGGAGGUGAAGCUGCUUCACGGAAUGGUUCCAAACUGUCCUCACGAUGGAUGCAACUCUGAGAUGAUUAUGGAUGCAUGCCGCAAGGUUUUGACUCCAAAACUGAAUGAAAUUUGGAAACAAAGGGUUAAAGAUUAUGCGAUACCUGUCGCAGAGAGAGUUUACUGCCCUUACCCGAGGUGUUUGGCUUUGAUGUCUAAAGCCAAGAUAACUGAAUCUGCCAAGAGCUUGCUGUCUAUCUACCCUAAAUCUGGAGUUAGGAGAUGUGUUGAAUGUCGUGGACUCUUCUGUGUGGACUGUGAUGUCCCGUGGCAUGGGAAGGUGUCAUGCACUGAAUACAAGAACUUGCAUCCUAAUCCUCCAGGUGAUGAUGUGAAGGUAAGCUCUCAUGCAAAUAAUAAAACGUGGCGUCAAUGUGACAAGUGCCAGCACAUCAAUGAACUUACACACGGAUGCAAUCACAUAACUUGCAGAUGUGGGUAUGAGUUUUGCUACAACUGUGGAGAAGAAUGGAACAAGGAAACAGGGACUUGUGCUAAACACUGCCCUACCUUGGACGAAGAAUAUAUCACACGUCAAGAUCCAGCGCGUGUCUAUGUGGGGCUUAGCAACUACUAUGACGAUGAAGAUGAAGAUUAUGAAGAUUAUGAUUCUGAUGAUGAAGAUUUUGAUUACGGCUUUGGUGACUUCCCCUUUGGUUUUAAGCAGAACAUGAAUGAUGCUGAUUCUGAAGACUCCUUUGAUCCUUUCUCCGAACUGCCACAUGGUGUGCCACGCUCCCACCAGAUGCUGGCUUACAAGGCUCUUCACGACAUGUUUAACCCGGGUGAGGAGUUUGCAAGUGAGGACUGCCCAUACUUUGGUAAGUAUGGAAAGUACGCUACAUAUUAUGACUCGGACGGCUAUGAAUACGACGAUUACACGAACCCUUUCCAUCCUGACUACGACUAAGGUUCCUAGUCUGGAACCAAGCUUGUUGUUCUCUUUUCGGAUUUUUCUUUUUCCAGGGCCAAACUCCUUUGCUACACUAUAUGCUUUUUCUGUCUUUGAAUCUCUUUUGUUUGAAGCUCAUGUUUCUGUGACUUGUUUCGUUUGAGUUUUGGUUGAUUCAGAACUUGUAGCAACUUUGGAUUUAA